UAAAGAAAUGGCAACUCUAACACACCGGGCUUUUUGAUGUUUUUGUAUAUUUCCUAUUAUUCCUAUUAUGAUUAGAAUAGUAUGCACCACACAUGACAGAGAAACACCAGAAAACUAACAAACAAAAUAUUGAUUAUUCUCAUCUCGGGCACAUGUUAGAAAGAGACAAGUCUAUGGUAUGCAACACAGCUAUGUCAAUAAUAAAAGAGAAAUGCAAAAAACCACUAUUAAAAAAUAAAUGGAAGAGACAAAAUAAAAGAAUACAAGAAAAAAUAUAAAAUUUUCGUGUAUGUGUUUGUAUGCGAGUGUGUGUUUAACAAAAAGGAAAAAAAAUACUCUGAAAAGAUGUGAGAAAAAUGUUGUAAUGGAAAAUUAUACACAUAUUUUCAGCAAUGAAAGAAACGAAAAGAAAAAAUACAAAAUUUACAAGAAAAUAUCAAACAAAAAAUUAUUUACAAUUAAAUAUAGAAUUCAAUUAAUUAAUUGAAACCAGAAAAAAGUGUGUGUGUGUAAAAUAUCUGUGUGCAAAUUAAAUCACUACCGUUCGAAAAAAAAAUGAAGUGUGUGUAAAAAGAUGAUUGAAAAAGUUUAUACAUUUUAUGAAAAUGUAUUGAAAUAUAUAAGAAAAAAGUCACAAGGUUCUAUCUGAGCCACGGAAUGGAAUAAAAAGUUUAUUUUUAAUAGCAUUGAUAGUAUUUAUUUAAAAUUAAUAAUUAAUUUAUAUUGUUUAUAUUGUCAACAGAAUAAAAGUUAAGUGUAAAAGUAAUGGAAAAAAUCAAUAGAAUUUAAUAAAACAUUAAAAAAAAGUUGUGUGAGUGUGUGAAAGAAUUGAAAAGUAAAAAAAAGAGUACAUAGUGUGAAAGACAACAGUAGCAGCAGCAGCAACAACAACAAUAUCAUCAAAUAUUAGCAACAACUACAGCAACAAAAGCACUGUAAGAAUAACAACAGCAGCAACAACAAAAGUAGUAGCAGCAGCAGAAAAAAUACAACAACAACGACGAGGACGAAGACGGAACAUCCAUCGAUUUUUUACCGUAUUUUCAAGUGGAGUUUUGUACGUGUGUAGCGAAAACUAACUACACAAACAACAAAUAAGAAUAAUAACAAAAACAACAAAAAGAAAAACACUGUCUACUUGAGAUUGUCUACUUCCUCAUUUCCUACCGACCGACCGACUGCCUGACUCUCAGUUCAGCUCAGCACAACACAGCACAGCUCAUCUUAGCAGAGUAGAGUAGAACACAGCUCUUCUCAUCAUCGUAAUUGGGCGACCCCCCUUUUAUCGUCUGCUGUCAUUAGUUAGUUUCUUUUUGAAAUUCCCCAUCAUACAUUGGAUAUUUUUUAUCUCAUAAACUGGGUCUAAGAUCUGUGGCCUAACAUGUUGGCCUGUUUCAAGAGCAAUAAAUUACUUUAAAUCUUUCGCGUUAAAGUUCCCGCGAUGGACAGCAGCAGCAACACACAGGAUCAAAAGCCACCUGGGUCCAGUCAUUUGCAACAAACUAACAAUGUCUGCCUUCCGCCGCAAUUGUCCUCAAAUAUUAUUGGUGGCAUUGGCUUACCAGGCGGCGGCGGAGGAGGCAACAAUAGUGGAAUUGGGGGCGUUGGAGGAGGAGGAGGAGCGGCUGGUAUGUUAGGACCAACUGGUAGUGGCGAUCAACUACAUUUACCGCCUCCCUCACCACAACUCGCUCUAAAUUCCAUGCAUAACAGCAAUAAUGCUGGCAAUCUUGGCGGAGGAUUGGUGGGUGGCGGAUUACUAACACCCAAUCAAUCGCAUACAUUGGCUGGCUCUGUUGGUGGUGGAGGAGGUAUUAGCAGUCUCGUCAACUCUCUUAGUAGUAGUCCGGCAAUGGCGGCGGGGAAUUUUUAUAGCAACAGCAAUAAUGCUACAAUGCAGUCUACACUACAACCGCCUACAAUUGGCCCCAGUAACAGCGAUUUUGAUUCUGAUACCGAACUCUCAAUAGUGGCAGCCGCUCAAGCUGCCGCUGCUGCGGCCGCAGCAGCCACAAAUGGUUAUACUUCCAAUUUGAGCAACAUCAGCAACAAUUCCAAUAAUCUCGCAUCGAAUAACAACAACUCGUCGGCUUCCUUAAAUGCAAAACAACAACGUCAACAGAAACGUAGACGCGAACGGGCGCAACGUCUACAGGCUGAACGUGAUAAUCGCAGUGCGACUAACACACCAAACAGUCUCAACAACAGCAACAUUAACCCGCUGAUCGCCAACACAGCGCCGAUUACCAACACCCCAAAUCCAAAUAAUAAUUCCCAAAACCCACAGUAUAAUAAUACCAAUAAUAAUAAUACCAACAACAACGGCAACAAUAUAACGACAGCAACAACAACCAUUACCGGCAAUCAUCUCUAUCAAGCCAGUAGUGCCAACAGCAUGGGCGAAGACAGCAACAAUUCAAGCGGCAUUUUUACUACAAGUUCCAGUAGUAGUAGCACAAACAAUAAUGCUCUACUACCACCUACCGACAGUAUUGCAUCAUUACUUUUAAAUCCACCCCACUCGCCCGACUGUCAUUCCGGUCUGAUGGCAAGUCCCAGCGACAGUGAGGGUGAGUCAUUAGAUGAAGAUCUCCUAUCGACAUCGUCGUCCUCAACUCUACUACUGCCGCGCGAUAAACCACCGCCACGUCCUCCACCACCGGUUCGAAGGAAAUUGCCAAGGUCACCGGUGUUGGAGGAGGAAAUCAUUGAUGGUUUUGCUAUAUUGGAAUUUAAAACAUACGAAGACUUAGAGUUUGCAAUAAAACUGGGGCAAAAGCGUAAAGAGAAACGUUUAUCUGCACUGGAGGAGCUGACAUGUACAUACAGCAUUGAAGAAAUCAAAAUGCCAAAGAUCAUAGACACUGGCCAGCCACAUCCCAUACGGGGUAUUGGUAGUGGUGGGGUUAUUGGUGGGGCUAACGUUGGCAAUAUGUCCAAUAUUGGGGUGGUUGCUGGACUGGGUUCAUUGAAUUUGAAUCACAACAAUAAUCACCAUCACAAGGAUAAUAAUAGUAGUAGUCUAAAUGAUAAUAACAAUGGUGGUAGCAAUAUGCGUGUUACCCCAAUUAAUGCCGCCACAAUGCUCAAUAAUAAUAAUAACAUUAACAACAACAACAACAAUAAUAACAAUAACAAUAUCAACAGUAUAAAUAAUGUUAACAAUAGCAGCAAUAACAACAGCAACAGCAACAUGAACAUCAACAUCAACAGUAGUGGUAACAAUUUAAGUGUAAACACAGAUAUUAAUAUGACAUCUUUAACAGAUUCUUCGGCUGUUGGCCAACAACUGAAGUCAACUGUGGCGACGACAGCUUCAACUACAGCCCUGAAUGCUGUAACGCCCAUGGACACCACCACCACCACCGCAAUAUCAUCUGCACCCUGGAAAGAUACAACGAGUGUAGUUCCUGCAUUUACCAAUCACAAUGGUAGUGGCAAUACUACGGGCAGAGGCAUUAUUAGUGGUGGUAACAGUGUGGAGGCCAAAAUGACUGGAGUAACAGUUGCUGGGUCUGGUGAAAAUGGCAAUGAUAGCAGUAUUAUGAUGGAUACAUGUGAUGGUACAGCAGCACCAGCCUCAACGGCAAUACCCGCAGCAAUAACAACGGCGGCAACGCCAUUGGUAACAACAUCAGCCAUGACCACAGUCACAUCAACAACCACAGCAACUGUGGCGGCCACGCCGUCGUUGGCCGUGUCGUCAGCAAUAACGAAUGUGAAAUCAUCAACGAAUUUACAAAAUUCGAAUAGAAAUUCCUUAGCAAUGGAUACUUCCAAAGCAAUUAAUGUAAGUAGCAACACAAAACAGAAAAGCACAAAAUCUUCUUCCUCCACGACGUCAUCGUCGUCGUCGUCGUCCUCGUUGGUGUCCACAACAUUGGCAACAACCAAAACUUCAGCAACAACAACAGCAUCAACAACAAUACCAACAACUGCAACAAGCACAACAUUAACACCAAAUAUACCACCUAUGGCGGUAGCAGUAUCAGCAGCAGCAGCAGUGUCAUCAGCAUCCUCAACAAUUUCCCACACAGCAGCCACAACAGUCACAGCGACCACUACGACUGCUACCAGCUCCUCAACAUUAUCAUCCACAAGUGCUAUGGAUAAAUUACCACCAACAGUAGUACCCACAUCAUCAUCAACAACAGCAGCAGUUGCAACACCACCAUCACCACACACUCAACUACCAUCAUCCACAUACUCAACAACACCAACAACAAUGACAACGACGACAUCUUUGUCAUCAUCAUCAUCGUCGUCGUUGUCUUCGUCAACAAUUAAUAGUUCAACUCUGUUAACACAUGGCUCAAAUAAUGAUGCUUACAAACACAAUAGCAUACAUCCUCAUCCUGGUUUAGGGCCACCUUCCUUUAAAACAAUGUCUUCAAUGGCAGCCAACUGCAUACCAGGAGCUUUUAAUAAAUCAAACGCACAUUUAAUGGAUCAAAAAAUGCACAAUAAUAAUAGCAGUAGCAGUAGUAAUAGUAAUGAUUUCAUAACAAAUAUGUCAGCCUCAUCAGCAGGUCUGCCGCCACAACAAUUGCCUCCCACCACCGGAGCUCAGCCGACUGUGAUGGCUUUAAAUGUUACUAAUCAAAAAGAUUUACAUCAUCUACAUCAUCCUCCACAUCAUCAUCAGCAGCAGCAGCAGCAGCAGCAUCAACAUCAUAAUUCAAUGAAUAUGAGUGUUAUGGGCCCCGGUAUGAUGGGUGUUCAUGCAAAAAUGCACCAACAACAGCUGCAGCAGCAGCAUUUACACCAUCAGCAUCAGCAGCAUCAACAUCAUCUGCAGCAGUUGCAACAUCAGCAGCUACAACAACAGCAUCAUCAACACCUUCAGCAACAGCAGCAACAACAAAUGCAGCAUCAUUCUCAUCUCCUUCACCAUCAUCAGCAGCAGCAACUGCAACACCAGCAGCAACUUCACAAAGAGAUGCUUGCUGCAGGAGCCAACAACAACAAUAGCAACAGCAGCAGCAACAGUAAUAGUACUAGUAGUAGUAGUGAUCAUAAGGAUCGUUUAAGCGACCCCAACAAUAGGAUUAAUAAUAUUGGAAAAGGAUUUAAUAUCUGUGAUAGCGGCAAUGAUGAAAAUAAGGGUUCUGAAAAGUUAGGAGCCAUAGUUUUUCCCUCUACGCCCACUCAACAAAUUUCAAAUACAACUCCAAGUCCAACAACUCCUCGAAAAUCAUCCGAUUAUCCGCAACAGGCGACUAGUACAGCAGCACCUUCAUCCGUGACAACAAGUUUAACAUCAAGCACCACAACACCUGCCUCCUCUAACUCUAUUACUGUUGCCGGCAAUUUAGUGCAAAAAUCUGGCAAUAAUGAGCAGAAUUCAGCUCCACCCUCACCAUUUCCCGGACCGCCACCUGCAAGUGUGGCUGGCGGUGCAGUCUCAACAACAUCUGCUUCGUCGUCAGUACCCCAAGGUGGCAGUACAACGACGGGUCAUCCACAUGCACAUUUGCAUCCUCAUGAUGGUCGACCAUCAUCUGCAGGUGGUGCUGGUCCAGGAAGUUUGGCAUCGAAUAAUAGUAAUAAUAUGAUGAUGUCUUCAGGGACGUUGCCUCCUCAUGCUAUGUUUGGACCAACACCGCCACCAGGACCUCCAAAUAUUGGCGGCGAAAAACCGGCAUUAGGUCCACCCCAUUCUUCUCAUAUACCGCCUGCAUUUUCUUCUGCCAAUCAGCUUCCCAAUGAUCCUCGCAAUGCGCUGACUUCUCCCUCGCCGUCAGGUCCUAUGCCGUCGCCGCAUUCGCAACAACAUCCUCAUGCAUCUAGUGAUAGCCCGUUUGGAAACAAGCAUUUGGCAGGUUCUCCAUCUCCCGUAACUGGAAAUCUCAUGUCUCCCGCAUCAAUACCUCCACCAUCUCAAUCGAAUGCAUCGCCUUUGCAAGGUAUGCAUCCAAAGUCUGGACAUCCUUCUUCCCAAGUGGCUGCUAACUCUCCAGCAAAUAUGCAGUUACCACCCGGUGCUCAAAUGCCCCCAUCGUCAACUGGUCCGAAUGUAAUGGCUGGACCACCAGGAGGAUUUAGUGCGGCUGGAUCGAUAAACAGUAGACUUGGUCCUCCACCCCCAACGCAUCCAUUCCCUCCCUCGACUCUGCAGCAUACCAGUGCAAACACGCAGCAGUCACUGAUGAGCAUGAAACAAAAUGAGGCCGAAAAUCGUGAAAAAGGUUCCCAUGGAGUUGGUCACGGCGGUCCGUCGCCGCUUCCUCCAAUGAUGAAUGGUUAUCUGCCACAAUUUGCAAAUAGUGGUAUUGGGCAACAUCCACAAAACAGUGGUGCACCUAGGAUCUCACCUCAUGCAAAUGCCAUGCCAUCCACGGCUACACCUCCUGGACCGCAAGGCUUACCGCCACCGCAUCACCAGCAGCAGCAGCAGCAAAUGCAACAGCAGUCUUUGUUGGCAGGAAUCAACAAACCAUCAUCUUUACCUAACACAUCAUCUGCCUCCUUUCAUCCAUCGUCGAUGGCUUCUGCAAUGUCAUCAUCACAUCCUUCUUCAACUGCUCACUCAACUGUCACCUCCAUGGCAAAGUUCUCAACCAUCUCCAGCAGUAGCAGUGGCAUGCCCCCUAUACAAACUGCUCCAGGAAUUUUUCCCGGGGGUCUACCGCCUGGCUUGCCACCUGGUGUUGCACCUCCUGGAAUGAUGCCGGGUGGCAUGCCGCCCAAUGGCAUUUCACCCAUGCUUUUGCAUUCGUCGCCAUAUCGCCCGCCCUAUCCGAAUUAUCCACUAUACGCCCCAUACAGUGGUUUGCCACAUAGUCCAUAUUUGCCGCCUGCAGUGCCAUCGCCAAGUGCCUCGCCACGUACAAGUCGAGAAUCUCCCAUGAUGCAGCAAAUGUCAAAACCUCCCAGUCUGCGGCCACCAACGCCUGUCAGUCAAUCCUCAAGUUCGGGGCACACUCCUGGACCGAUGGGCAACAGUGGCAGUGGUUCAAGUACCCCUACUAGUUCCGCACCCACAACAGUGCCAACCCCGACUUCGGUACCCUCGUCAGCAGCAAAUCUAAGUCAACAUGGCCUACCGCCAGCAUCUUCAAUGGCUCCACAUAUUUUGCAUCAUCCACAUCUUCCUUAUCCUCAGUCGCUGCAGUUGCAGUCACAAAUUUUAGGUGGUCCUUUGCCCCCAUCGCACCAUCAAUCGCUUGGUGCUGGUUUAAUACCACAUCCAUCGGUAUCCCACUCAGCCCAUAGCAUAGCAAAUGUAACAACAACCACAUCGGCAUCUACGCCACUCAGUGCUACAAUAAGCGGUGGUUCGAGCGGCCUGCCACCCUCAUCGCCUUUGGCGAGAGAUGGUACGCAAUUGUUGGCACCACCUCAUCCUCAUUUGAUGGGACAUCCACACUUGGCGCCUCCCCAUAUGCCACCAUUACCGCCUCAUAUGCUGCCACCACAUCCGGGUCUGCUGCGAGGAGCCUCUCCCACAACAUCCAACAGCAGCAGUGCCAGUAGUCAACCACCAUCCAGUAUGGGUACGACUACACCAACAUCUUCAACAUCUGUGAUUCACAAAGGAAUUUCACCGCAAACUGAAAGUCCGUCAAAGGAACGCAACGAUAACAAUGUUGCUUAUAUGCCGCGAUCCUCAACUGCCAAUACUCAUUUAGGUGGCGGACUCCAAUUGACAGCAUCAUCCGCAUCAUCAUCGCCAUACGUAACAACGAGUGGAGCACCGCCGCUGCCAAUACCACAUUCUGCUGCUUCGUUGGCUAUUUCAUCAAAUGCCUCCUAUAGUUCCACGGUUUCGUUGCCUACAACCACUCACGCCUCAGGUGUUAUGCCGAUGAUGACCACGCAAUUGCAUCAACCACCGCCGGGUAGUUUACAAUACGGGCCAGGUCCCAAAGGACCAUCAAUGUGGCCACCAAGCACAUCGUCGCUGUCGAUACCACCUCCUACGUCCGUGGCUUCUACUCAUUCCUCGUCUUCGAUGGCUUCGCGACCUACACCGCCUCCUCCAACAAGUUCAGCGGGAGGAUUGCCACCGCCCAUUUCGGUUUCACCACAUACACCAACACUGCAUUCCUCUUCCGGUAUUCCACCACCCGGAUUACCUCCUGGGUCGACAGGAUUUCAUCCACAAUAUUUUGUGCCUCCCAUGCCGCCUCACCCUCCGGUAUCUUCUGCAAUGUCUGCGCCAGCUAGUUCUAUAAACAGUUCUCACUCUUCCACAUCAGCGUCGGGUCCAUCUUCCGGAGUAACAACAGCCGCAAAUAGCGCUCCAGUUACUUCAACAACACAAAGUUCGGCUCCCCAUCCAUUUUCGGCAGAAUCUCUUUUCCAACCAAGCAAAAAUGAUCAAGCGGAUUUAUUACGACGUGAGCUAGAUAAUCGAUUCCUGGAUCGCAGUGGCUUGGCGGGGCCGCCGUCUACACAACAAACGGGACAUCAGCAGCCUCCAACUUCAACAUCCGCUCCGCCACUAGGCGCACCAGCAGCAUCGCCAUCUGCCUCAACAUCAGCUCCACCUACUUCUACUGCUGGUGGCUCCGGUCCUUCGUCGGGACCUUCGCCACAUGCUCCAAGUUCUGCAGUCCCCUCGCCCUACUUAAGGCAAGAAUUACAUCAUCAUCAACAUCAACACACCCAUCUGCAUCAGCAUCAACAACUUUUACCAACAGCCAUGGCGGCAGCACCUCCUCCAGCGCCGGCACCCCUCUUUCCCCCUCCACUUUUCAAAGAUAUUCCCAAAAUUGCCGAAUCACCUUUUUAUCGUACGGGCAUGGGUUUGCCCGGCUACACCGGAUAUACGCCAGCUGGUCUCUUGCAUCCAGGCUUGGGGGGCGCUACACCAUUUAUGCCUCCCAGCCAUUUAACUUCAUUUGCGCCAAAGAAAACUGGACGAUGGAAUGCAAUGCAUGUACGUAUUGCGUGGGAAAUUUAUUAUCAUCAAAACAAACAAAAUCCCGAUAAAUUGGCAGCGGCUGCAGCAAGUGGCUCAGCAAGUAGUGGUGGCUCAACGCCAGGUGCACCGCCCAACAGUAGUGGUGCCAGUGCUACACCGACAGCUACUGUAUCUCAAACCAGUACAGCAUCAUCAAAUCUAGGAGCAGGUCCUUCUCCCUCAGCUGUAUCGGCCAUGAGUAUGAAAGCUUCUCCGGCAUUAUCGUUAAGUGCGGCAGCUUCGCCACAUCUAUUACAUCGACCGGGUGAAUUGCCACCGGGUACUGCAUAUGCUACCGCACUACCGGGACGUUCACCAUUUGAAACUUCUCCGUUAUCGGCUAGUUUCAUUGGUGCACCACCUAAUCAUAUAGGUACUGCAGUUACUCCUUUUGGCCGCUAUGUGGGACCUUUUGGUUUUGGUUUAUCACCAUUUGGUAGAGAAAUACCCCUAGGCGGUGCACUACAUGAUCCUUGGAGAACAGCUGCUUUACAGCGCACAGUGCCUUAUCACCAGGCGGGAGCACCACCGGGAUGGCCAAUGAAACCGGACACAACGGCCUUGGAUAAUGCACGUCGCGAGGCCGAAGAGCGUGAACGAGAACGUGAGAUGCGCGAAAGAGAACAAAGAGAGCGUGAGAGACAACGUCAACGCGAACGAGAAGAGAGGGAACGUAAGGAGAAAGAAGAGAAAUUGAAGCGAGAACAGCAGGAAAGGGAAAUGCGCGAAAGGGAGCGAGAACGGGAACGCAAAGAAAGAGAACGAAGAGAAAUGGAGCGUCGAGAAAUGGAAAGAGAAAGAAUGUUGCAACAACAACGUAUUAACGAGAGCAAUAAAUUGUCACAAGCAGCUGCGGCAGCUGCAGCUAUGAAUUCAGCUCGUGAUCGAUCUCCUCAUCGCAGUGUGUCUGAUAUGCAGGGCGGCCCAGGUGGUCCAGGCGUAGAGAUGCGCAUCAAAGAAGAAAUGCCACAAAUGCCACGUUCUAAAGAAGAACAAGAUGCCAUGAUGAUGAGAGCUUCGGCAGCAGCAGCUGCUGCAGAUCCCCGCUAUCAACAUCAGCUAGCACAAGCGCAGGCCAAUGCAGCGGCCGCAGCUCAUCAUGCUUCGUUUAUGGCCAGUCGUCAUGGUCCGCAUGGGGUACCACCACCACCUCAUUUGGCUAGACAAAUGAUGCCUCCCAGUAUGGGAGGACCACCACUAUCGCACUUUGGUCCUGGUGGACCGCCAGGCUGGCCUAUGGAUCCUUAUGGCCGCGAUCCCUACGGAAUGAGUGCUCUGCGUUAUAAUCCCCUAAUGGAAGUGGCGUUGCGGCACGAAGAAGAACGACAUAAAGCAGCAAUGAGUAUGUAUGCAGUGCAAUCAGCCGCUCAUUUAAGAGGCAAAGAACCAUCACCCAUACCGCCACCAUCAGGAGUAGUCGGGCCUUUAGGACCGCCACCUCCACCGCAUCAUCGCAUGCAACAGGGACCAAUGGGACAGCCCCAACAGGGACCACCACCUUCAUUAGGAGGGAAGCCACCUAAUAUGGGCGGCAUGCCACACCCCAUGGUCGUAGAUCCAAUGUUGGCGCCUAAAAAAGAAGAACCGGGAGUUCCACCCGCGGGUGUAAUGAAUAUGGCACCACCACAACCUGCACCCCAAAAUGCCCAACCCGGCCGAUGAUAAACUAAAGAGCUUUCAAGGUUUAACUUCAUUUAAAGUUUCCAAAUUAAAUGAUAGACAGACACUAAAGUUAGAGAUAUCAAAAGAAAUAAAACAAAAAUAUAUAUUAUAAAUAAAUCGGAAAAGAGACCAAGUAAUCUUUAAAAGAAACAUAUUGUAUUAUAAAAUAACAAAAACAAAAACAAAAUUAUUCCCCUUCCCCUACUAAAAAUAAACAACAACUGUGUAUAAUUUUAAUUUUCCAACUCUUUUUUUUUAAAUUGUUUAACUAAAAAAGUAUUUUUUUAGAAUGAAAAAAAAACCUGUAAAAAAUCAUAAAAUAUUAUAAAAAGUAUCAAUAAAAACAAACAAACUUCUAACUUUCCAAAACUCUAACCUUCUCCCCACUCCCCUCCUACCUUCCUGUCUCAUACCCCAAAUCCCAUGUGCUACAAAAAACUCCUUUGUAAAAAAGAACUUUUAAAUUCCAAAUUGAUAAAUUGAUUUAAAACUAAAAUUAAAAAUAAAACAAAAACAAAAUGAAAAUGAAAAAUUCUAACAAAGUAUAUAAAACUUGUAUGCAAUAUUAUAUACUACAACUAGUAACAAAAGUAAAAAAAAAUAAGAAACUACCAACUAUUGGUCUGGUAUAAUAAAUACAAAAAUAUAUUAAAUAUACAAAUAUUUUAUUAUGUUUUUCAUUUUUUUUUUUUAAUUAUAUUAUUAUUUUUUUAGUGAAUAGGACGCUUCAUACUUAGAGCAUUUGUAUUAUUUGUAUAGUUUUUUUUAUUAUUAUUAAUAUUAUUUAUAAUUAUUGUACUAAAUGUUGUUCUAAAAAAAUAUGAUUUUUUUUUUCUUAUAAAUACAAAUAAAAACAAACAAAAAAAAUCAAAUGAUGUUAACAAAUUUGCUAAAAAAAUUUAUACUGUUAUAUAAUAUACAUAGUAGACAAGUAAAGUAAAAAACAACAACAAGAAAACAAAACAAAAAAAAACAAUUUUUAGUAGUUUUUUUAUUAUUACUAUUAAUAAUAUUGAUAUAUAUAUAUUUAAAUAAAUAUAGAAAUAGAAAUAACCUCCCUUCCUUCCCCAAUCUCCAUCAUCAUAAAGCAGAAAACAAAAUUAAAUUUAAAAAUAAAAAAAAUACAAAAAUAUAUAUAUACUUACAUAUAAAUAUAACUGAUUAUCAAUUAUAAUUAUACAUUAUAUAUGCAUCUACAUAUAUAUAUAAAUAAUAAAAAAAAACAAAACACAAAAAAAUAUUUCUAAAAAAAAACUAAAAGAAAAAACAAAUUAACAUUAUUAAGAAGUAAAAUAAAAGAGAAAAAAAAAGAAAAUAACAAAAAAUCAUAUAUUAUAAAUUAUAAUUAUAAACAAAUUAUAUACAUUAAGUAGCUUUACGAUUAUUUAUAAACAACAACAAAAAACAAAAGAUUCAAAAAAUAUACAAUUAUUAAAAAAAAAAAACAAAAACCAACAAA